AUGGAACUUUUGUGGCUCUACUCCCUGUGCCAGUGCAUCGUCUCCGUCGCCGUCAUCGUGGCGAGCGUCCGGCUGUGCAUGGCGGCCGGAGGCGGGGCUAACCAGGGGUCGAGACCCCAGCACGGGAGCGUGUCCUGUUGCCUCCGCCUGUGCCUCGGCUGGGUGGGCGCCAUAGGGGGCGCCCUGGAGAUCCCCGUCAUCGUGUUCUUCAACUUGCGGACCCCGCAGUGUCUGUACACCUGCAUCACCCUGGUGUGCUGCCCCCUGCUGGUGAGGCAGUUCACCAUGUGGCUUCUGGUGCUGCUCACCUUGGACUGCCACCUGCAGCAUCACUGGCCCAGCAGGUACUCCAAUCUGGUGACGCGUCAGCGAGCUCUCUGCGUGGUCCUGCUGUGUUGGAUGGCUUCCGUUCUCACCUCCUUCGGCCAGUUCAUCAGCUCCGACGUCCUGGACCGGUGGGGAAGGACGGGUCACGACCAGGGCACCACUGACCUCGGGCUGGACGGCAACUGGACGACGCCUAUGCCUAAAUACCACCACGAGCGCAUGGUUAUUGGGAAGUAUCUUCCGUACGGAGGCUUUCUGUCGAAGUUUUACAUGGAGGACUUGCGUAACUUCACCUACGAGGAGAUCCACAGCAGCCACUGGGGCGUCUGCGCCCCCGACACCAUCCUCAGCCCCCAGUUCUUGGUCUACGUCCAUGGCAUGGCUGUGUUCAUCCUCCCCUUACUUUUCCUGCUGGUUCUUUACCUAGAUCUUCGCUACAAGAACAGCAAGCAGCUCAGUCAGUCAGACUCCACUAAGUAUAAACCCCCGAGGCUCCGCUCUCUGGCUCUGUCGGUCUCCUCCUUAGUUCUGCUCUGCUUACCACUGCAAAUCGUCCAUGCCGUGUUGCUCUUUACCCCCAGCGCCUCACUCCCCAACUGGGUUCAUGCCAUGGCGGUGUUCUUCUUCCAGCUGUACGGCCUGGUGCCCCAGGUCCUCUUCACUCCUCCCGGGAAACAAGAGAGCGAAGAGCCCGCACUCCGGGCGGCUCCGCCCGAGGCUGCGGCGCCCGGGGAGAAAUCGGUCCGUAAGACCCUGUGUGAGGCCGCACGGACCGCUUCCUGGUCCUCAGCCAAACAUUCCCUCAAAGCUAAAGUGUGUCCUGAGGUCUGA